AUGCUCAACUCGUUCGAGCCGGCCACGGCCAAGCGUGCGAGCGCGGCGUGCGCGCCCCUGGCCGCCUGGGUGCGCGCCAACUUGGCCUACGCCGCCGCCGCCGCGCGCGUGCGCCCGCUGCAGGCCCAGCAGGCGCGGCUACAUAAAAAUCUUGUCGCCGCCGAGAAGCAGCUGCACGCUUUAUCCAGCGGACUGGCCACAGUAGAGGAGCGCGUGGCAGCGCUGCAGCAGCAACUGGGCCAGCAUUCGCGAGACGCGGCCGCGCUAGAGCUGUCCCUUUCAAAUGCUACUAGCACCAUCGCCGCCGCCACCGCGCUCAUCGCCACGCUCGCGCAGGAGUAUGAUGCCUGGGAGACUGACGGCGGCGAGAUAUCGCUUCGCCCCGAGGGCACGGCGCAGGUGCCGCUGUACGCCAGCGCGGCGCGCGAGACAGCCCUGGCGUGGCUGCGCGCGCCGCUAGCUCGCCCGCUCGCGCGCCCGCUCGCCGCGCUGCACGCCGUCGCGCUCGCCGUCGCGCCCGCCGCCGACUGAGCCGCCGGCGGCCGGGCUCAUACAGAUCAUAGCUACCGGUUGCUAAUAGGGAAUAUGUAUCGAAUUUAAAAGUUCAUAAUGUAUGUAUAAAUAAACACUAGCUAAAUCAUAGAAUUUCUGAAAAACUAGUUGAAACAGUGGCAGCGCAGCAUUGGUUGGAACCCGGGGCGAUUUUUGUGACCCAGAAUUUUUGGUUAAUUUGCGCGACUGUUGUCACCCCCCGAUGCUUGGCACCCGGGGCCUUCUUUGUAAUCAUUUUAGAGUUAAUUCUUUAUCUUGCGUGUAUCAUUAUCCUUGUGUGUAGCUGUAGUAGGUUGCACUUAAUUACAAUAAUAAUAAAAUACUUUAAAAUUAAA